UCUCCAAAAAGACUGAAAAUAAUAAUACAUAUAUAGUAAGAAAAGAAAUCAAUAGCGAACAGACAGAUAAUGAUAUAACUAUAAAAAACAAAAAUGGAAUCAUAAUUUUCUUAAACUUAUGGCGUAGUACACAAACACAAUACUCCACUCAACUCCUAUUAUUUACACCAUUAAUUGCUUCAUGUUUAGAACGGAACCCUUGUUAAUACUAUUAUUAUAUAUCCAAAGAUAGAUCAAUGCUAAGGCAACAAGCUACUGAUAUGAUCUGCUCUUUGCUUCGAUCUGGCUUCAGCCUCAGCUCCGGCCACCGAGCUCGAGCUGCCCUCUGGUGCCAAAUCACCGCACUUCUGACACCUACCCACCGCCAGGAUUUGACGGCACGAAGGGCACGACGAAUGAGAUUCCAACCACGGGUCAAUGCAUCCUACAUGGAAUCCGUGUCCGCACUGCGGCAACACUCGGAUUUCGUCUCCAGCAACAAAUUCCGCCAAGCAAAUCGCGCAAUCGGAAAAUUUUCCAGCGUCAUCGUCACCGGAGGCGUAGGUGAGCUUGGGCAAAGAUUUGAGGAUCUUUUUCUUGAGGCCUUUGUUCGCCGUAGGAGGUUGGGUAGAGGGGCGCCUGGUUCUGCGGGAGAUCCGGCGUAUCCAGGCACAGCGAGCGACGGCAACGAGGCCGAGUACGCAGAUUAGGGCGCACAGGGCAAGGAUGACUACGAAGUCAGAGUCGACGGUAUCGACGUCCGGCGAAGAUAACUCCUUAGGCGGAGACGACGAAUUUACGCCGGUGACAGUAGUGGAACGAAGACUCAUGUGAUUUGAAUAUGAGGAGCGGUGAGGAUUGAGGAAAGAGAGACGGAGGAGUAGUCGGUGGUUUUGAAGCGAAAAGUUAUUGGAUUGUGUAAACCAGCAAAGCUUUGAUAGUUUUAUAAGGAAUCUAUCAGUCCGUUAACACUAGCUAACGAACUGUUUUAAG